AUGUUUUAAGCGAUAAUCGAAUAGUGCUUUGUCGUGACACUCAAAGUGAGUUGUCGUGACGCAAAUAGUUCAAAGUCGUGACCGAAAGGUGAGAUGUUGUUAACAAAAACCUUGAGUGGCCCUCAUGGGCUUCCGUAUCAAACAGCUGAACUGCAUGCCUAGAAGUUGAUAUUCGAUUGAUCAUAUGACUUAGAGAAAUUGUUUUACGCGCGAAAAUUGUAAAUAAUCGUAAUAAUUUGGUUAAUUUUGAUUUGGCGCCUGAGGCAAUUUUACAACUCAAUCUGUGAUUCAUCUGUCGAUUGCUCGCAUAGUAGGCUGACGAGUUUGGAGGCUGAAAAAGACAGCUUUUAUUCCCUAGAUUGUGCUUCAGGUAAGGACAUUAAGUGCUUUAAAAGCAAGUAUAAGACUCGUGGACUCUUUACAGUCAAUGUACGGAAAACAAACUACCGUAUAUGACCACGUUAACUCAAAGUCCGUUCGCUAGCACUAGGUGGAACAUAGAAGAUAAUAUUAUCUGAUUGCAUUGUGAAUAAGUACCAGGUACCAGCCUCACUGCCAUAAAAGCGAGCGCGAAUUAAAUAUUUAAAUCUGGUUAUCAAAAUAGCCCAAUUUUGAGUAGAUAUUUUAUCGAAAAAUCGUGUGAUCAUACGGUUACACUGACCAGAAGAGAAGUUUAAUUGAGCUGAAAUAAAGGUGGUCAACACAGGGAUAGAUAAUAAAAUAGAACUCACAUUAUGGGGUAGUAGUUUUGAAGUUUUUUUUUUAAGUUUUCGAUUUUUCUUUCAUUGUAUUUUUAAUUCUUGCCUAAUUUUGGAAGGUAUGCCAAAGGUUCGGUUCAUAUUUGAAUUGCAUAGCUGUCGAGCCAACUUGGACAGAAAUCUUGUGAAAUCGGGUGAAAUACAAUAAAUAUGUGAAAAAACCCAAGAGAGCCAAUGUGAAUACGGAGAAUAAUGUAAGAACAUACUCUCAGGCAUAGCACCUGCAAUAUAAGUCAACUUAAGGUGCCUAGUCACCUUCUCAGGCUAUAGAUCAUCCCUGACUGUCCCUCCUGUUAUUAUAAAGCAAUCUACUUAGAGAGUAUUUUUUCUAAGUUCUAAGUUCACAAAAAUUAGGCUUAUGAUGAGGUCUAAAAUCUUAUGCUCCCCUUAUGAGGGUGAGUUGACAGCUAUAUGUACGAGUAACUUUAGUCUCUUGAUUAUAAGUAUUUUCAUAGGAAAAAAAGAGAAGACUUGAUUUGGGAACCAUUCCUGUUAUGUUGUUGGUUCAUUAUGAUAUUGGUUCAAAUAUAUUCAGAGCAAACUUAACAUAUAAACCAGCUUUACUUUGUUCAUUGCGAUGUUGGCUCAAAUAUUUUAAAACCAGAUUCAAUAUACACUUAAACCUGCUUCACUGUGCUAUCAGAUAAUUGUUCCCAUAUUUUGGGGUAGGUUUUUAAAAGAGUGGCUAGGGUUAGCUAUAGGGUUAGUGGCUGGGGUUAGCUAUUAUAAAUCAGAGGGGUUAGGGUAAGUUUGAACAUUGGGUCAGCUUUUAUGUAUUGGAGGGGUUAGCACAAGUUUAAAGAUGGGGUCAGCCUUUUUAUACAGUGGAGGGACAAAAAUCAGUGGGCCUUCAGCCCUACAAGCCCCUCCCCCUCCACAGGGCUAGUUUCAACACAGAGUCAGAGUCAGCUUUUAUAUAUAAGAGGGGUAAACGUUAGUUUAAAGAUGGGGUCAGCUUUAAUAAAUUAGAGGGGUAAGGGUGAGUUUGAACAUAGGCCCAGCUUUUAUAAAUAGGAGGGGUUCAGGGUUAGUUAAAAAUUGGGGUCAGCUUUCAUAGAUCAGAGGGGUUAGAGUUAGUUGAAACAUGGGGCCAGCUUAUAUAAAUCAAAGUAAAUAUUGGGGGAGGGGAGGGUCUUGCAUUACUCAGAUCUGUAGAGUUUUUGCAGCUGUCCUCCCCUAUUAACAGUAUGAUGUGUUUUAAAUGCAGUGAACACCCUCGUAUAAGAACAAUUAAGAACCUACAGGCUAAAAUUCUUAGCAACCUUUUUAUAAGAGCCUGACCAGCCUGAUCUAUAUAUGUUAUUAUGUGCAGGUAUUUACUGAAGUUGUAAAUCAGUCAAUCUUGGCUACAUGUCUGUUAAUUACACAACACCAUAUUCACUGAGGCCUAUGAAGUCAGGUAAUGGAUAUUUCGAAUAUUUUACUCACAAAUACUGCAUUCCACUAAAUAGGCCGUCAAUGGUGUGUGGGCGUGCUCCCCACCCCCAAGAUGGUGCAUGGGCGUGGCUUUGCUGCCUUUCAGCUGCGGUGUGCAACUCGCUUCACUUUGGUUUCACACAAAGCUUUGGAGUCUUUCUACCUAUUCUUGCUGAAGUGUUUAAUGAAAACAGGGAAAAAACAGCAUGGGCAGGAUCCAUUGCACUGUUUCUAACAUUCCUGGUUGGUCCUGUGGCAGCCCUCCUGUCUCAACGCUUCUCCCCUCGCACAGUCACUCUGGUCAGCGGAUUAUUGUGUGCAGCAUCUCUUCUCUCUACCUCAUUUGCCACCAGUAUUGUAUACAUAUACUUCACAUAUGGAGUCCUUUUUGGCACUGGGGCCGGUUGUAUACUCAACAUGGGCUAUGCUGUGGCAAGGCAAUACUUCACUUCAAGAUAUCGCUCAUUGACUACUGGUGUCAUAGCGUCAGGUGCAGGGGUGGGUGUUAUUAUGACAGGACCUAUACUUCAGGCUGUUAUAGAUGCAGUUGGGUGGAGAGACACCUUAAGGGUGAUGUCAGGGAUCAUGCUGAUUAUAUGUGUACUUUCUACAAAUUAUGAUAUUGAUGUCUUGAACAAAAAUGCUGAUGAGAUUUUGGGAGGAGUCCAGGAUCUUUCAAAAGACAACCAGGGUGGUUCAUUGAAUCAACUUGAACCCAAGUUGGAACAACAAGGGAGUGACUCAAAUAAAAAAGCUGGCAAAUGUGAGGAUAACUCCAAUAAAAAGAGCAUCUGUAGUGAGGCAGAAAAGUAUGAGAAAAGUGCCAAUCCUGAAGAAGACAGUAAUGAGGAGAAAGGUGUUAUUGGCAGCCUCAAGCAAAAUGCGAAUUACAAGGUAGGAAAGAGUGAAAACAACUCCAGUCGUGUGUUUGACGGUGAAAGAAAAAACAUUGAUAAAAUGGCAGAUGAAAAAAAUGCCAACAAUGAGCUGGAUGAGAUGGUGGGCAGCCAUGCUAAAAAAGAUUCGGAUUCUUCAAGUUUUACAGAUAAUGUUAAAGAGAAGAUAGAUCGUGGUCAGCAGAAUGUCAAUCUAGAUACUGACAAUGCUUCACCUGAUGUUCCGCCAGCAGAUAACCAAACCAAUCCUUCAGGACACAAAACACAUUGCCUUGAAACAUUCAUAGACUGUUCCGUUUGGAAUAACCGCUUAUUUGUGAUCGGUGCGAUUGCCAUUUUCUUGGCGUAUCUGCCCUUAUUUGUGCCUAACAUACACAUCGUCAGGUUUGCCACAGAUCUCCACAUAUCAAGCGACAAGGCAUCAUGGCUUUUCACCUAUAUCGGAGUCACAUCCACAGUGUGUCGUGCCAUAAUUGGGAAAGUGUUGGAUAUGAGAUGGGUGACACCCUUACAAGGGGUACAGAUUUCCUCUUUACUGAUGGGCGUGUCUAUCAUAGCUCUCGGAUCAGCUACUGAGUACACUCACUUUGUGGUGUUUGCAGUGUUUUACGGUGUCGGAAAUGGUAUUUUUGUAACAACACAAGCUGUAUUCUUCCAGACUAGUGUUGCACCUAGCAAGAGUGCUAUGGGUAUGGGGAUGGGGUUCAUGACAUGCUCAGUUGCUAUUCUAAUUGGCCCUCCAAUUUGCGGUCUAAUAGCAGACAAGUUUGGCUCCUACAUUCCGUCGUUUUAUGUUCUCGGUGGCGUAGAUGUCGCCGCUGCCCUGUUUCCUUGGAUACUGUGCCUCUUCAGAGAUGAGAGGCACCCUAUGGCACAAUCGGAAGAAGUGUGUGUUUCCCCUCGUGGGCUCAGAGAACACAAAGCAUCGGAUACCGUAACAAAAAUUAUACCAUCCACCAGCUAGUAUGGAGUUAUCGGGCUCGUAGUGAUGUUCUACCUUCUCCUCAGUUGGCUGAUCCAAAAGAACCCUUUGGGGGGAGGGGGUAAUCAGUUCCAGACUCAAUACUUUCUUGUAGUGGGCCCUGCAUAUAAUUCAAUAAAAAAAACACAUGAUAUGCCAUAAUUAAAAACAAAACCAAUAUAGAUAUUAGCGAAAUGACAAACACAAGGGCCUUUCGUUUUAUUAGAAGUAUGGAAAAAGGAAGAUAUUGACAGAGAAACGGCGAAAUACAUUUUUGAGUGCACGAGGGAAAGAAAAAAAAUGGCUCGAAAUAAUACCUUAGGAAAAUGACAUCUCUAUAUAUAGGAUUUUCUUUUCGAACUACGCUUAUUUACAUUAGCAAAAAAGUUAAUAUGAAUUAAA